UUUCUGAGAGCAAGAUGGCUCUUGAUAGCAUGUGGGCUCCUCAGGCAUCAAUCAUCGGGGAUGGGCCUGCCAAGAAAGUGGGUGAACAGGCACCCCUACAAUCACACGUCCUCCAGACUGCCUCCUUAAAAGAUGGCCCAGCGAAGCGGGCAGUGUGGGUCCGCUGUAACCAUUCAGAGCCGGAAGAACCUACUAAAUCAACAACAGGCAAGGAGAAAUCCAAGCUAGUGGUGACCAAAGCAGUGGUCGUGGACCUUGGCACUGGCUCCUGCAAAUGUGGCUUUGCCGGGCUGCCGAAGCCCACCCACAUCAUCUCAUCGACAGUGGGCAAGCCGUACAUGGAGACCGCCAAAACCGGGGACAAUCGCAAGGAGACAUUCGUGGGGCGGGACCUCAUCAAUCCAGGGGUUCGUCUCAAGCUAAUUAAUCCUCUGCGGCAUGGCAUCAUCGUAGACUGGGACACAGUGCAGGAUAUCUGGGAAUAUCUCUUCCAUCAAGAGAUGAAGAUCGCCCCGGAGGAGCAUGCGGUCUUGGUUUCCGAUCCACCCCUGAGCCCACACACCAACAGAGAGAAGUAUGCUGAAAUGCUGUUUGAAACCUUCAGCACUCCUGCAAUGCACAUCGCCUACCAGUCCCGCCUGUCCAUGUACUCCUACGGAAGGACCUCUGGCCUGGUGGUGGAGGUCGGCCACGGCGUGUCCUACGUGGUCCCCAUCUACGAGGGUUAUCCUUUGCCCAGCAUCACCGGACGUCUGGACUACGCAGGCUCUGACCUGACAGCCUAUUUGAUGGGCCUGAUGAAUAAUGCGGGGAAACACUUCACCGAGGACCAGACAGGGAUUGUGGAGGACAUCAAGAAGAAAUGCUGCUUUGUGGCCCUGGACCCCAUCGAAGAGAAGAAAAUCCCAGCCACUGAGCAUACAAUUCAGUACACUCUGCCUGACGGGCAGGUGAUAAACUUGGGCCAGGAAAGGUUCCUCUGCUCAGAGAUGUUCUUUAAGCCUUCUCUGAUCAAGUCCAUGCAGCUGGGGCUCCACACCCAGACUGUGUCCUGCCUUCACAAGUGUGACAUUGCCCUCAAGCGGGAUCUCAUGGGCAGCAUCCUGCUCUGCGGGGGGAGCACGAUGCUCAGCGGCUUCCCCAACCGCCUGCAGAAGGAGCUGAGCAGCAUGUGUCCCAACGACAACCCGCAGGUCAAUGUGCUGCCCGAGAGAGACACUGCGGUGUGGACAGGCGGCUCCAUCCUGGCCUCGCUUCAGGGCUUCCAACCCCUGUGGGUCCACCGCUCUGAGUACGAGGAACACGGGCCUUUCUUCCUCUACAGAAGGUGCUUCUGAACUCCGACCAAGCGUGGCUGCCAUGCAUCAGCUCUGCUGGGUGAGCACCCGUCCGACGCAUAGGGAGCUAAGUCCGCAUGUUCGCUUCUGUAGUAAUUAUUAAACGACCCUCGUGUUCCCUCCAUAGCGUGUGUCUGUAUUUCCUGACUCAGUAAGAGCAAGUUCAUGAAUGCAGCAUGUGCCAAACGGAGUCGGAGAUGUGGGUGAAACAACAAAGGCACGUAUGACGUGCCGCCUGCUUGAACAUUCUUGGGAAAAACUAGCUCUAACCUUAUUCUGUCCCUUUUUGUAUCCCCUGUUUUAGGAACGAUCACACUGUUACAUCUCAGAAGGGGAGCGUGAUAAAGACAUAGAGUCAGUACUUCAGGGCAUAUAGAAUAUUCCUUUCGAUCAACAACAGGAAGUCUGCUACAAUGGUUCGGUCUCCCACACAGCUGCAGAGCACACUUCAUGCUUCAUGAAGGCUUGUGAAGAGUGGACUAGGGUGUGUGGUUCCUGCAUAAAUCGUGCUUUCCUUUAGUUCCAACAGGAACUUAUGUCUCAAUACAGCUCUUACCAACCCAUUAUGGUGACGGGCUGCUGAAACCUGGCAUGUAAUGAGCAAGGUGUACGUGCGUGUCUGAAGGGGGCAACUCUUCAGCCGCUCGCCACCCACUAGACUGGAUUCCCCAUCAACCCGUAGGUUACACAGCUGGAACUGAGGAUGGGCAUGGGAUAGAGGUUGGCAGUUCUGGGGCUAAUGAUGUGGGUUUGCGGGAACCUGCCCGGUGUGGUCAUUCUACCCCAACUGAGGAGCCAGUAGGAACAACGAGUCCUUCAAGACCAGAGAAGCCCUUUUGGGGCCCAGCAUGUUCUGUGGUAGUCUUACAGGGCC